UUAUUUCUGCAGUGAGAGAACGUAGUUGGUCUACUUGAAAAGAAAGUCUGGCAUAACGAUAUCCGUCGAUGAGCCAUUCACUUCGUUACUGUCUGACCAUUCUUUUUGGGGACUCGUAAUUUCUACCCGGCCUUUAUUCAGGAUAAAAAAUAAUGGGAAUUGCUAGAAAUCGCGUGGCCAUUGAUGGAACGAUGAGAGCAGCAUAAGAUGCUCACUUUUGACGAUAUUUAGAGGGCCAAAGUUGGUCGGCUUAAGAAAAACGAGAGACAUUCAAGUUGCUACAAAAAGGAAGAAGGCCUCCACAUGGGGAAAGGUUUUUCACGUCCCCGUGGCUAUGUGUACGAAGACAACGUUGAAAGAGACAUACAAGAAGAGCAAGAGAGAGAACCUCGACGCCAGAGGAAUUACGAAAAGCAAAACGAGAUCGAAAGACAAAUAAUUCAUUUGGAAGAGGUUAAAAGCGAUGGGUGUGUGCAACAAUACGAUGAGGAAAAGGUUAGGAGAGAACUCAAAGAACUUCAGCUUGAAUAUUAUCUUUGUAAAAGUCGGAAAGCACUGUUCGAUUACAAGUUUGGUGACAAGAGCAAAAAGACCUUGCAUCCUCAUGUCACCCAACUAAGGAUUGCAUUGUUUGGCCCUACGGGUUCGGGAAAGAGUUGCUUCAUUAACACAUGUGAACGUGCGGUGAGGGGAGCAGAAGUGGGCCUUGCAGAGAGCAGCUCAGGAGAAGAAUGGACUGUUACGCUCCAAGACUAUCUGCCAGAGAUGUUCUUCCACUUGGUCGACACUAGAGGUUUCUUCCACUUUGAUCGUAACGAAACUGUUGAGUUUCAGAACAUCCUGCAGGGGAAAAUCCAACCUGGCGACGUAAUACAUCGUCCUAUGAAUGGGCAGGCUAAAAAGCAGGAGUUGCAUAAAUUCCCAGCGUUUGAGAAAAGAGUUCACGGAGUCAUUCUCGUUGUAAAGGCAAAUGACCCGCGGUUAAAGCAUGGAACAUUUAAGGAAUAGCUUCAACCAGUCCGAAAAAUACUUUGUGAAAAUGGGAUUGAGCCUAUAACAGUUGUCACUCACUAUGACUUACUUCCGGAACAGGAGCGCGAAACCGUCCGUAGAGAAGCGUCAGAAGCUACGGGU